AUCAAUGACUACUCUAAUUGCAAAAACAUUACUAUUUCUAGCAAUUACGCUACAUUUUAUUUGAGGAGAUUCCAAACAAAAAUGUUCUAGGCUACUUUCAAAAUCGGAUUAUUUGCCCUACAAAAAUGAGUUUAGAGACAACUAUCUCACUAUCAACAUUUCACUAUCUCAAAUACGAUAGGAAAAGCCUGACAUUUUUAUUUCAUACUACAUAAAAGUAUUACUUGUCUUUUUGGCACUUUAAAUUGAAUAAAAUGUAUGUAUUACGGAGAUUUGUGAGUUCAAUAGGCUUGAAGUGAUUUUCUUUGUAGCUUUAUUAACUGGAAACCCUCAUCAGGUAUGACGCUUGAAAUUGUGAACCGAGAGGAUUGGGGUGCUAAAGUUCCCUUGGCUCACAACGUCUUGGAACACCCAGUAAAUUAUGUGGUCUGUAUGGCCACGAAUGGUUACCCAUGCUACAACAAUUCCGUCUGCAAAUUCACCCUAAGAUACGUCCAAAGUUUCCAUAUGAAAAGGAAAAAGAUGAAGGACAUCAGGUUUAAUUUUAUGAUUGUUGGCAAUGGUAAAAUAUAUGAAGGAAGAGGCUGGCACCACGCUCCCCUUCUUCCACAGCAGUUUUUGAAUAUCAACAGCCAAAGUAUUCUUAUAGGCUUUGUGGGGCAAUAUGAUGAAGAAACAUUGCCAGAGGAGAUGUUGACGGCCAGAGAAGAACUGGUCAAGUAUGGAAUAGAAAACAACUAUAUCGACAAAGACUGCAAGAGGUGGGAAAUAUUUAAGAGGAAAGAAGGAAUUGAUCAGCCCGAGCAAAUUGUACAAACAACGAAGUGAAAAACGUUGACAACUUGGUGUUCGGGUCACUCUAAAGAAUUUUCAGUCACAGUUUUCAAACGAUCUAACGACUGGAGUUUGAUAAUGAAACUAAUUCAUAUUUGGUUAUUUUUGUAUGUAGCAUUUUAAUAUAUAUUAUUAUAAGUCAAAAGUGGUAAUAUAUAGAUUUGUGCAGGAUUUUAAGAAUAAGUAUAGCAACUAAACCGUUUUUCAUUAAUAAUCAUAUAUGGAUGGAGAUUGCAAUAUUUGUUAAACCAAUGAUUCAGUGAGUGAUAGGGUUUUUAAAUCUAUUAAAAUUAAUUUUCAAUAUGAAAGAAAAAUUAGGCUUAAGUAUUUUAAUGAUGAGCCUAAUGUGUAAAAUUACUCUUUAAAAGGCCUGCAUGCCACAUUUUAAAUGAAAAUAAAUUUUAAAAUACAAUUGAUAAAACAUUUAGUAGGACGUAUUGGUUAUUAUCAAUGUCCCGAGGGUAAAAUCGGAUAGCAUAAAUAACAAAAAUAAAAAACCUGACAACCUAUUUUCAUACUCAACACUUUUUUAAAGAUUAUUUUUUAACGGAUGCUUGGUUUUGUUGGGUUUGGUGGAAAUCACUUAACAAUUUGACCGAAUAAACUGUUGUCUAUGGAAAGUUUGCUAAAAAUGUAUUAAUGAAACAGCUCUACUAAAACUAAGUAUUUCAUCUUCAUGUUUACUUAAAUUUCUCAGGUUUGAGAACAACAUAAUACUUUGUAUUACUGGAGUGAAGUGAUAAUGAGUAAGUAUUAUAAGUAUAAUAAAAAGAGGCAUGA